AUGCGGGAUAUUUUGGAAUCGGCCCUCAAGUACAGCAAUGGCAAAACGUUCAGUCUUGCGAGUGUGAAAGCAUGUCUGUAUUUUGGGAUAGCUAGUUUGUGCAGUGUAGUGACAAAAAACUACCAGCAUGUAUUGUCCUUGGUAUUUGCACUGAAGGAGAUCAAUGAGAAUCCCAGGAUCUUACCAAAUGUUUCAUUGGGAUUCCACAUCUAUGACAGCUACUUCAAUGCCAAGAUGACUUAUCAGACUACACUAAAUCUUCUCUUUAGCCUGAAAGAGAUUGUCCCUAACUAUAAGUGUGACACACAGAAGAAUCUGAUAGCUGCCAUUGGGGGACUUGACUCUGAAGUCACUCAAUACAUGGCCACAUUCUUAAAUGCGUACAAGAUUCCUCAGGUCUCUUAUUAUUUAUUUGGUUCUUCUCUGGAUACUAAAAUCCAAUACCCUUUCAUAUACCGAGUGGUCCCUAAUGAAGAAAAUCAGUACACUGGAAUUGUCCAACUACUUUUGCAUUUCCAGUGGACGUGGGCUGGGAUUGUCACACUGGCUGAUGAUAAAGGGGAGGAUUUUGUGCAGACCUUGAUGCCAAAGCUUUCCCGUAAUGGCAUCUGCUUGGCUUUCAUAGACAGAAUGCCACCACUGACAGAUGUCUCUGAAUUACUCGAUGGCUACCAAGAGGCAUGGGAGAAGACCAGCCUUGUCAAAGACAGAAAAGCAAAGGCAGUUAUUGUAUAUGCAGAAACAUUGUCUAUGCUCCAUCCAUUCUUGAGGAGAAUCUCUUUCAACAACAGUGCUGGGGACCAAGUGUCAUUGGAUGAGAAAGGUGAAUUAGAAAGUGGAUUUGAUAUUAUAAACUGGAAGGCCCCCUCUUCAGUGUGUAAUGACAAGUGCCGCCCAGGCUAUGUUAGCAAAAAGAAGGAAGGGGAGCCAUUCUGUUGCUACGAUUGUGACCCAUGUCCAGAAGGGAGGAUUUCUAAUAAAACUGAAAUAGACAAUUGUAUAAAAUGCCCAGAAGAUCAGUAUCCAAAUGGAGACCAAGAUGGAUGUCUACCAAAGCGUUUAAACUUUCUGUUUUAUGAUGAAAUGUUGAGUAUCACUUUAGCUUUUAUGGCAUUCGCAUUUUCUGUGACCACAGCUUUGGUGCUACAAAUAUUCAUUAAAUACCAGAAAACUCCCAUUGUCAAAGCCAACAAUCGUGGUCUCACGUUUACUUUGCUCAUCACCCUCUUGCUUUGCUUCCUCUGCUCUUUGCUGUUCUUUGGAAGACCUCAGAAAGUGACCUGCCUCCUAAGGCAAACAGCUUUUGGCAUCGUCUUCACUGUGGCUGUUUCUUCCGUGUUGGCAAAAACCAUCACAGUGAUUUUGGCAUUCAUGGCUACAAGGCCAGCAUCCAGGAUGAGGAACUGGGUGGGGAAAAGACUGGCAGCUUCUAUUGUUUUCUCCUGCUCCCUCAUUCAAGGAGCACUUUGUACUGUGUGGCUCCUUACUGCUCCUCCGUUCCCACAUUUGGACAUGGACACUUUGGAUAAAGAAAUUGUGGUUGAAUGUAAUGAAGGGUCUGUCCCUAUGUUUUAUUCUGUUCUUGGGUACCUGGGAUUUCUGGCUCUUGUCAGCUUUGCUGUGGCUUUUCUUGCUAGGGAAUUGCCCAGCACUUUCAAUGAAGCCAAGUUCAUCACUUUCAGCAUGUUGGUGUUUUGCAGUGUGUGGGUCUCUUUUUUGCCAACUUACCUGAGCACAAAGGGGAAAUACAUGGUGGCUGUGGAGAUCUUCUCCAUCUUGUCCUCUAGUUCUGGUUUAUUGGGCUGUAUCUUUGCUCCUAAAUGCUAUAUAAUUUUACUGAGGCCUGAGCUGAACAAGAAGGAGCACUUAACAAGGAGAAAUAAGUAG